AUGGAGUGUCCUUCAUGGAUGUUUUCUAAAGCAUUAUCUCAUCGUCAAAAGGUUAUGCGUCUUUAUAAGCGUUGUCUUCGUGAGAUUCAUGCUUGGUAUUUUUCAUAUGAUACACACGGAUUUCUGGAAUUUCGUUUCCAAAUGGUUUUAAUGCGCGCACGUUUUGAUGCCAAUAAGGAUGUAAAAGAUAUGCAAAUGGCUCAAUUUUUGUUGGCAGAUGGUUGUCGUCAGGUUUGGGCAAAUCGUCACCCAGACCCGUAUCGAUUUCCAAAUGAUGUUGGUGGGGCUAAUUAUGAUCGUGAACAUUGGACACCUGAUGAAAUUGCUGAAAGUAAUUUUCAUUAUACUUGGCCUGAACGCGAACAAUUUCCGUAUUAUUACAAUAAAAGAGAGCAGCGCAAAAAGGAAUUGAUGGAGCAUUGGCACAAAAUUGAAGAGUCUUGGGAUCAGGAGUUGGAUUCAAUUCAGAAGAAAUUACCUGAAGAGGAAGAGGGGGGAAAGCAGCAGCCAAGUAAAAUUUUUUAAUUUUACUUUUAAUUUUGGUCCCCAUUUUAUUUUUCCCAUUUGGUGAUAGUUGACAAUUAGAGAAAUUUUUUAGGAAGUUAGAUAACGAGAGGGUUUUCAAUUUAAAUGUAUAUUUUGAGCGUUUUAACCCGAAAAA